AAAAAACACUGCAAAGGGGAAAGUAGGUUUUCAAGGUACGUUUGUUGUCAUUGUCGAAGGAUUUGCUCGUUAAUUGUUUUUGGGAAAACCUCAGUGCUAGUUCAUUCUCGUCUUCAGUUGUGAUCUGCGUUGAAAUUUUCAAACACUGACUAGAAUUCUCUUCCUCGGUAAGGUUACGAUUCAGUUUCUACAUCAGCUUCGUUCUCAUUAAAACAAAGCUAGGUUAAAAUUUGGAAAGGCAAAGUCAACAUCCCAGUCCUCAGGGUUUACAGACAUAUUUUAAAGUUUAUUCGGUCAAAACCAAGAGCACUGUAAGUAAUAACUCGUUAAUGUGACGGUGGAGUCUUUUGAGAACUGGACAUUGUGUCUGGCUCGAACUCGCUUCUAUCUUUCUUUCGUUGGUCUUUGAAAAAACACUGCAAAUGGCAAAGAAGCUUGUCAAGAUGAUCGGGUGCAGGUACGUUUGUUAUCAUAUUUGUCGAAGGAAUUACUCAUUUUCCCUUAGGCAAAAUUAAACAUCUCGAAUCUCUGCCAGUCGAUUUGCGUCUUCUUAACUGUGUACUACGACAAAAUUUUCAAACACUGACAAGAAUCCUCUUCGAUAAGAUUACGAGUUAGUUUCUUCAUCGCCUUCGUUCACAAAUAAACACAGUUUAAAUGGUGAAGGCCAAAGUCAACAUCCAAGUCCUAAAGGUUAACAGGCAUCUUAUAACUUUAUUUAAACCUUUUUUCCGAGGAAAAGAGAUUUAGAGCUCCGAGAUGAGCAUUUUAUUUAAAAAUUUUGGUCCGUAUAGCAAGUUAUUAUAUACAUACCGAGAAAUACUCACCAAAAAGCUAUGUCCUAAAUUUUCGUACGCAAAUUAGUUCAAGCCAAUCAGAGGAGCGAACGAUGGUUUUCACACGUGAAAAAAAUGAUAUGUCCAAUCAUAAUCGCGAACCAUGUUUUUUCACGUGUGAGAAAAAUGAUACGUCCAAUCAGAAGCCACAGAGGUGUGUGAGUUUCGCGCCAAAAUUUCCUCCUUUUAUUGCAGCUUACAGCGCCGCUUCGCACACAUUCAACGAGAAAAGUUUUACUCAAAGAAUUUUUCUCGCUAAAAAAGUGAAAAACAUUUCGGAAAUGGAGUGGAAUAGUUUCGUUUGUUUCACUGUCGAUAAAGAAAACGGUAGAGAGCCGGCUAAACAACAGCGGAAAGGGAAAAACAGAACGACACGUAAGCUUUUGUUGUGAUUUUUGUCGGAGCUACUUUGCCUUUCAUUUAAGCUUGAGCUUAUAUUGAAACCGGCCAGUUUACUUAAAUUCACGCAUUUUCAAUUGUGCAUUGAGAACAAACAGUUAAGAUUACUUAUAGUUCUUGGAUUACCUCAUAUCCUUACCGACAUUUAUGUUUUUAACAAACGUUUUUACUAAAAAGCUGAUACUUCGUUUUCGUUGUCAUUUUGCGGUAGCAUUUUUGAAAGAUUUAAAAUAAAAAGGGCGCCAAAAUGAUGAAUGUCUCAGUAUGUAUAUAAUAAACACAAUACCACAUGGAAAGUGCUUUGUACGGUAUUUACGCAGUCGUUUUUGUAUCAGAAAUCUUACUCGUUCGCUGCGCUCACUCGUUCGAUUUCUGAUACGUCAACAACUCGUGCGUAAAUACCGUACGCCAGCACUUUCCAUGAAGUAUUCUCUAUUUACGGACCGCAAAUUGACCAAUCGCAUGGCGUAGACAGACUCAGCCAUAUAAUAAAUGUAUAUAUUCUCCAAACCGCUGGGUGCAGGUAGACUUAUGAGCAUUAAGAAAACAGAAAAGUAUAUUAUAUACAUCACGGUAAAACUCAAUGCUUGAGUUUAUUGGGAUUUUUCUGGCUAUUUUAACAGGCUAUUUUCACGGAAGUAGCGAUUAAAUCAAAAUUUGGAGAUAGAUUUCCUUUAAAAAUGUCCAGAGCUGCAACCUCAACAUCAGUUUCAGUGAAUUAAGACAUAAAAGCUGUGUCUAAUGCAAUACUUAAAUUUUUAAAAUGUAGUUUAAAGUAAAAUCGUAGUUACUGAUGUUAUAAAAGUUACAAGUUUUGAGAGUCUGAAUUAUUUCUCCCUGUUUAGUGUCAAGAUAGCAAAACGUUUGACGUUUUUAAGUAGCAAGUUAAACUUGUGUUUAGUUUGUAUCCCUUCCUUAAUUUGAAUUUUCAAUACCUUCAAGCUGAUCCUGAUUUAUUAGCUUAAAAAUUGUUAAUGUAUAUUUGCACGGAUUUUAGAUUUUGAUGAGCAUUUAUUAAAAAUUCCAAUUUUAGCAAUGUAUGUUCAAUUCGAACUUGGUACUUUCCUGUUAAAACCUCAAAUAACACGAGACUAAUAAAUCAAACGACUGAAUUGAUAUUUAACGUUACCUUCCUAUGAUUUAUCUAUUGAUUGGCUUUUUUCUGAGUGGUGCAAAAAUAUCAAUGCAAAUCAUUAAAAGCAAGCACCUUAAUGUUAAAUGUUAAGAAAACUUUACUAUUUGUUGGUUAUGUGCUAAUGUGAAUUUUUGGUGUUAAGAGCUCCUCAGACUAAGUGUUACUAGGCCCAAAGCGUUCAUUUCCGACAAUCACAUCCAAACACUCAAUUUUGCCAUUAAAAAUGACAGAUUGUGAUUUAAGCGCUUCUAAUCUAAGCUAAUCUUCGGCAGUCGCGUUUGAGACAGUCCAGACCGACGAGCCAAUCUACUGUUUUAAUUGAAGUCCGAACACAAGAUAAAAAAAAGGUUAAAGAGAUUCAUUUUCUAGCAAAUGAAUAUUCUGGUUACAUUUUGCCAAAGUGAUGGCAAACUUUGUUUUAUUGAAAAUCGUUUUUAAAGUCACUAAGCGGAACUCUAGCCUCAGGUGAUUUUCUAAAAAAAUUCUAAUAUAUUCGCACGCAACGGUACAAACUUAAUCACUUUCAAAUAGGUGAAUUCUCUCAAGCCAAAUGAUCGUAAAAAAGACAGAUGUCAGUGACGUGCGAACUUAUAAUUAAAAAGUAACUCGACAAAAAGCCUCUCUCUAAUUAAAUGUGUUACACUCUUUUUUUCUACAAGAAUAUAUUUUAUAAGAAUAUCGAGGCUGAAAUUUGCAAAAUUUUAAGAGUAGUUAAUACGAACAAACCCGAGGCUGAGAUUUCGAAAAGGAUGAUUAUUUUGAGUGAUGAAAAUCUAAAAAGAUAUGUUAUUAACUUAGCCGUAUCAAAUCAAAUUUAUACCCAAUAAAACGAAGAAACCUGCAUUGGUUAUAGCCAACUGUUCAUUGCUAAUAACAGUUCGAUGAACGGUACAUGAAAUACAUAUAUAGUAUACAGGAAAAAAAAAUGAACAAACUGCUAAAAGGAAAUGAUAAAGUCUUUCUCUUUAAAUUAUUAUAUAAUUCAAGAAUAAUACAAGAAUAUUUUCAGGCUAAAAUCGGCAGAAAAAUAGGAAUAUUCAGCCUGGCCCGAAAAAACAACAUUCUCAUUUUCCUGGCAGUUUAAAAUCAGUAGAUUUCAUCUACUGAUUUUUAUAAAUGUCACGAUUUACACCUUCUUACGUUAUGAUUGUUUGGCAUCAAGUAUUUUUUGGUCAUUUGCUAAUUUUCUUCAUUUUAAACGGCUAAAACUGUUAGUAAUGUUUAAUAUCCCCGAUCUUUAAUGUUUAGCCCCUUUUUAAGUUUUUUGUCUCUUUAUAUUGUCGCCUAUUUUGUCCUUAAACGAAGAAAAUUUCACUUUAAAAACGCCACUAAUCUCUGUUCCCAAUCCCAAUGAAUACCACAUUUUUCCGGAUUGACUCGAAGAGAAAUGUCUUGAAUUGCAAAUAAUUCUGGAUAAAAUGGCUUUCCACCACCUGCACUGGAUUAUCAGAAGAUGAAUUUUCGAUAAUGUAUAAACACCUAAAGGCGUGCUGUUCGUUACAAUAAUUGCUCAGAUUGCUUAGUUUGAAGAGGACGAUCGAUACAUGCAGUAGGUGAGUGUGUGAAGGGAUGUAUACUCCAGUUUAGUUAGCUAUAUAUAUAUGAUACAUAGAUUUAGCCAGGGCUAAAAGCGAAGGUCUCGAUCGAUAAUAUUUAUGGUUUGCUCAAACAAAAUAUAAAAUCGUGUAAUGCUGAGCGGCGAAGGCAACGACAACGCUGAAAAAACAACUGUACGGCUAAUUAGCAAAAUAGCAACUUUGCACGUGAUGCACACUUUUUUUGUACAUUUCUUUGUCGUUGUCUUGAACGUCUACGACGUGAAACUACCAGAAACUUCCUAGUUACACGUUUUAUGGAGGAAAAUGUCGUACGUGUUUUUGUUCACUUUUUUUUCCCCUGCCCCUAAUUUUCCCCUUGGAGGCCGCUAGCAUUUUUCAUUUUCCCGCCACCGCUACAAAAUUUUCAUGCUUUUCUUCCAACAAAAAAUGUCUCCUUUUUUUUUUCUCUCGCUCUAGCUUUCUGUCGCUCUUUUUCUCGUCGACCUUCGCUGGCCUGUCGCCCAUUUUCUCUUUUUCUCUGUCUUUCUCUUUCUCUAUUUUUUAAAUUUGUGGACAUGACAAUUAAUCUAAGCUUAAUACUUUAGACAACACAUAUUGAAAUAAUUUCCGCUUUCCGUUGUCGUCUUUAUUGACUCUUAAGUUGUCUUUGCUUUACAAGACGCGGGUGGCUAUGCGUUUUCCACAAAAAUAACCUCGAGUUGCAUUUACGUUGCCAUACCCGUUUAUAGAGUUAUUUUACAUUGGUAUGCCUGCUGCUACUGCGGACGGACGGGCGGAAGUACGGUCACGUGAUUACCAAAAUUUCUCGGAUGAAUAGAUUACCACAUUUUCUUAGGUAUAUGGGGCUAUACAAGGGCGCGCGCUUGGAGCUCCGCUAUGAAAAAAGAAAUUUAUACCGACUACUGGGUCGAUUGAUUUGACUUUACUCACAUUUAGAGGUACCUUACCAAACGUUUUCAUCAGUUUUGCCAUUGAAAGCAUUACAAGUUGCCCUCUAUUUCUCUAGGAUUGUGUUAAUCUCCUCCACACAAACGUUUUUGCUGGCCACAGUCCAACAUUUCCAAGCUCUAAGCCAAUCAAAAUUUAUACCUUCAGAACAUUGUGACGUAAAGCGUAAAGCGUGGUUUUCACUAGCGCAGAAGCAUAAGCAAUAGCCUAAGCAUAAGCACUAGCACAUGUGUAAGCACGUGAAAACUGGGUCGACAUAGGCAAAAACAUAAGCUCAAGAAAAACGGACAAGUUCGUUCUUCUCGUGCUAGGCUUAUGCUUAUGUCGUGACUUUGACUAGUAAAAACUGGGUUGGAAUAAGCGCAAGCAUAAGCACAAGGCCGUGGACCAAUCAUAGGUCACUUUGACCAAGACCUCAUGCGAACAUAUCAAAAACAAUAUGGCGCUAUACUGCAAUUGUCCGCCAUCUUGUUUAUCAUUGGGUUGAGGAGAGCUGGUAUGGAGAAUUGAGUCAAAUAUGCCAUUCUGCGGGUGCGUAUUUCCUUAUGCUUAUGCUUAUGCGCUAGUGAAAACCAGGCUUUUAGGAAAGACCGUAUCUUAAUCAGGGGCACCCAACGAACGUUUUUUGUAAAAUAUCAGUUCGGUGAAGCAAAAAUUGCCUAGAAUUUUCUAUAGCUUGGGGAAGGCUAAAAAUUUUUAGAUGACCUUUCCAUCCACGUACAAGUUUCGAAGCUUAUCUAACACUGCGAUUUUCUAAAGUUUAAUUUUUCGUAAUUCACUCCCCAGGUUAAGAUAUUUUUCGUAGAAAAAGGAAACCUAAAUUUUAGUAUUCGAAAAUGCGAUGGAAAGAAGAAUGAAAAAAAGUCUUAAUUUCUUUAUACAUUAAAAUGCGUCUAAAAUUUUCGGGAAAAUAAUACUGAAGCCCUUGUAAUUUCGAAAAGACUCAAGUUGCCCUAGGAUGACCGAACAGAUAACAUUGUAAAGCGCCGCUUAAAAUGCAUUUCUAGAGAUCUAAAAGUACUCUGGAUAGCCUAAAAAGUAUUUUUAAUGCAUUUAGGAAGAAACCGUUGUUGGACGCCCCUGAAUCAUCUCGGUAAAAAAUUACAAUUGCUUUUAUAACGCCCUCGUUAGCAGCCAUCUUGUAUGCUGGCGCGUUCUCAGAGGAGCGUAAAUUUGAGAUUUAAGCGUCCUGCUGAUAAGGUUAACCAUAUAUACGCACAUUUAAUCACAUUGUCUGACGAAAAGAGUGGAACAAUGCUCUUAAAAGGCCUUAAAAACGAGUUUUGUAGAAAAUAAAGGACAAUCAGGUCCUUUGAAAAGUACGCAAAAUAUAUAUGACGAUCGACACUUUAAGUCAGGUGCAAAAAAAUAGAACUGUGAAAAGGAUAGAGUGAUGAACAAUAACUUUACGGAACUGGCAAUCUGAAGGCCUCUCGGUGGUAUCGAGAUUUCGAUAUUUGAUCAGAUUAGAGAUUAGGUACCAUUCUCCCCCUACAAGGCUUACACAGAAAUCAAAUUUUAAGGAUGAAUACUGUCAACUCAUUAUUUCGUUUUCAUCUCAAACAAGAGACUUUUAAUAGGUCUCUAUGCCUUACGUAAAAGGGCUGUAUCAGGCCAGUGCAGUCCAUUGUGUUCAGCGUUUCCUUUUUCCAAUUACUUGCUCUCUCUUUUCGUGGAAUUUUUUUUAACGUUGGCAAAGAAAUUUGUUCUAUCAUUAAACUGUCCUUCAAAUGAAAUGAAUGGUUAUCUGUUUCGCUCAAUUUUGUGGCCAGGUCAGGACUACUGCCUAAAUUUUACUAAAUUUCGUGACGAAGAAAGAACCGCGUUUUUCAGGUUUUUCUUAAAUGAUAAAUCAGAGAACUUUAAAGAUUUCGUUCUCUGUUUUCGAAAGAAUUGAUUUAAGUGAGUACAUAUUACUGAUAGACUGAAAGUAGAUUGAAAAGUUGUUUCAUACUUACCACAAGCUGACCUCACGAGUGUCGUAGUGGAAAAACUGUAGGAGGAAGAACUUUAAGAAGUCUAAGUUGUUCCGUGAAAGUACAGCUUUUAGGAGGAGUGAUUAACGAAGUUAAACAUUAGGCUAGGUUACCGGUAAAUCCCAUUUUGCCAGUAUACACGCUACAGGACUCUAUUUUCUAACUAUUAAAAACGUCUGACUUGUAAAAAAUACAGCGGUAUUAUCAUUUGGCUUUUCUUUUUCUGAAUGACCAGUUUCAGUUUAUUUGUAAGGGGCGACAAUCACAGUUAUAAAACUUUGAUGUUUUGAUCCUUUUAGUAAAAGGCUGGACUAUUAUCUUGUCUAAAGAGAAAAAAAUAGGUCACAAAGAGUGAAUUUUAAGGACGAAAUGACGUUUUACAUUUUGUCUAAUGGUAAGAGUUCAUAUAAUACAAAAGUGUCGUCUUUUAUUGACAAGAAGUUUUUUUUUGAUUUUUAUCUUCUAAUUUGGUAAAUGCUAAAACAGCUAUCCCCCUCAGGAUCGGUUCAUAGCGCUAGAUAUAUACCUCGACGCUUCUCGUCUUGGUAUAUGCCACCGCUAUUCACCUCCCCUUCGGGGUAUAGUUGUAUAAUAUACCUAAAACAAACUUAAUUUUUAAAUUCCUUUAAAAAAUCAUACCGACGGAUCUGUGAGCGGAUCAAGGAGUAAAUUUUUCAACAACAGACUUGAUAAUUCAAGGCAGUCUUUGUCGUAAUUAACCACAAAACGUCUGGCGAAUUUGUUAAUAUAUUGUCGAGCUUUUGGACCUUUGAAAAGAAUCGGCAAUUAAGACUGUUCAAUUACUCAUCAAGGGAAAUUAUUUGUUCUAUGGAAAUUAUUUCUUUCAGAGACUUAGUUGUCUCCAUAUAGCAAACACAUUUAGGUCUCUAGCUAUGUAGGCGGUCUUUAUUGCUUUUCCUGGAGUUCGUAAAUUUCGAUUGUUUUAAGUAGAUGUUUUUUUUAUUGUUGCUUAGGCCACCUUACUCCAGAAACUUUUUUUCAUUUAAGCUCACAAUUUGUCUCACGUUCACUUUUAAGUGUUUUUUGGAAAAAUUCAUAUUCUUUUUUUCACAUGGGGGACGUUUGUAGAAAAUCUGUCGAACCAGUCUACCAAGUACAAAUAGGUUAGAUAUUAUUUGUACUCGUCUAUGUUGUUGCGUUCGACAACGCAACUUCUAAUCAUGGAAAUCUUGCGGUACGUGGUUAUCAUGUGAUACUCAGGGGGUGGUCUUCUCUGCAAGUUUUUUUUUUGAUGAUCUUCGUUUGAAUGUACGUCAUUUGUGCACACCUCGGGCAACCUAGUUCGAUCAAGGUCAAGCAUAUAGUGCAACUGAUAAGCGGGUUUUACAUCCAAGCUAGUUAUUCUGUCCUAACUUUCUCGGUGGUGCUACAUUGUUAGGUCAGGAUAUGUUAUACCGGUCAAAUCGAGCUGAAAAGAAUAAAUAUCAAGUAACUGUUGUGCCGUCUGUACGUGCUCUAUUGAAGAAUUCAUCUGUGCGUUUGAGUCUGUUCGUAGUUUUUUUUCUCUACCCGCCACAAUCAUUCUUGUACAAAGUAUGUUUGGAGAAUUUUACACUUUUAUCAGUGAUUCCUAUGUUUAUACAUAUAAUGUUUUAUCGACGUGUAAGAUAUCUGCGCAACGUUUACAUUUUGAAUUAUUAUCCGUUACUUUAGGUAUUGGUUUCGUCAUGGUUCUAGAUCAACAACUUCAGCAAAACUUACAAGUGCUCCUUCAUGACUGACUCAAAAACCUAACAUCACUAAAAAGACUCAAAGAGUAGGAUUUGUUAUGUGAAGAGUUCCCAAGACACAGUGUAGAUUCUAUACCCCUAGAAAGCAGGAAAUGGAAGUCAGACUUACCGAAACCCAGAUUGCUAUUUGUGUUAUCUCUAUUUUAGCAAUCCUUGGAAACACGUUGACCAUUCUAGUGUUUGUUCGUGACAAAAAGCUGCUGAAAAAGUCCUACAACGCUUUCAUUCUUUGCCUUGCCAUAGCAGAUGUGCUGACUGCCAUUCUCUUGAUCACGAGUCCGGGCUUCGCUCUUGGUGACCUUAUUCCUCGUCCAACCAAUCCAGUUCUUGGAGAGAUCUUCUGCCAAGUGAUCUGGAGCCGAAUGUUUCUCUUUCAGCUGGUGUUUUUCUCCAUUUACAUUACAUUGCUGUUAACAGUAGAGCGAUGGGUUGCUGUUGUAAAACCUUCUAAUUAUAACUUAUUCUUCAAGGGAAAGAGACUCAUGGGUUACGUCUUGUUCUGUUUGAUCUGGUCAUUCGCCCUCAUUGGAACAGACUUGUUUGAUGUGGUCUAUGAUCCAAGUUCAUCAUCCAAUGACAUCUGCAAAUUCAACUUUAUUUCAUCAGGCUCUACCUUCCGCACGUCUCUGUCUGUGUUCCUUAUUAUCAUGAAGUUGUUCUUUCCAUGCCUUUCCAUGAUUGGACUAUACGUACAUAUGAUUGUGAAGACAAACAACUCCCCAGUUGCCUCCGCGGAGAGCAAGGCCAAACUACGAGGGAAGAUGACAAGAAUGAUCGGCAUUAUGACCUGUAUUUUACUCAUAUGUUAUUCCCCAAACCAAAUCUUCUUUAUCUUUGCAACUGCUGGUAAAGCGAAAAUAGAUUCUACACUUCACCAUUUCACAGCAAUUCUCAACUUCAUCACCAUUUGUGUUAAUCCAUUUAUUUAUGGACUAAGCAAUCCUAAUUAUCGCCGGCGUUAUAAGAAGGCUUUGUUGUCCUUUUGUCCUCAACCGAGAAGAGUUGGACCUGCCAUGGAAGGACAAAAUAUCACUGGCAGUCGACGCUAA